AUGCCGGAGGAAGCCGUUUUGCAGACAUAUUCAGAGAACGGCAUGGCAGCCUCAGAUGACAGCUGCUUCCAGCUCAGGAGGCUACAGGAAGGGAAGAGUCAUUCGUAUGAGAGAACUCUACUCACCCAGAAUAACAAGGCUGCUUUCCGUUGCCUGAACUCAAAUUAUUUCAAUAAACCCCUGCUUCACAGCUCUGUAUGCUUAACAUCCUCCAAUAUUCAUUCCUCAGAUAUGGAAGUGAAGCAAAUCAACAAACGUGCCUCUGGCCAGGCUUUUGAGCUGAUCCUGAAGCCACCAUCUCCCAUCUCAGAAGCCCCUCGGACUUUAGCUUCUCCAAAGAAGAAAGACCUGUCUCUGGAGGAGAUCCAGAAAAAACUGGAGGCUGCUGAGGAAAGAAGAAAGUCUCAGGAGGCCCAGGUGCUGAAGCAAUUGGCAGAGAAGAGGGAACAUGAGCGAGAAGUCCUCCAGAAGGCUUUGGAGGAGAACAACAACUUCAGCAAAAUGGCGGAGGAAAAGCUGAUCCUGAAAAUGGAACAAAUUAAAGAAAACCGUGAGGCUAAUCUAGCUGCUAUUAUUGAACGUCUGCAGGAAAAGGAGAGGCAUGCUGCCGAGGUGCGCAGGAACAAGGAGCUGCAGGUUGAACUUUCUGGCUGAAGCGAUGGAGGGAUGGCACGCCCCACUGUUAGUAAAUCCCCCUGCCUAUAUUAUAAUGGAUCAUGCGAUAUCAGUAUGGGAAAUGUAUGACAUGGUUUAAAAAGAACUCAUUAUAAAAAACAAAAAACAGAAUCAAAAAUUAAAAAAAAAAUUCAAUGCGGUCUCUUUGCAGAAUGUUUUGCUUGAUGUUUAAAAAAUACCUUGGAUCUUAUUUUGUAAAUACUUACAUUUUUGUUAAAAAAUACAAGUAUUGCAUUAUGCAAGUUAUUUCAUAAUCUUACAUGUCCUGUAACAGGCUUUUGAUGUUGUGUCUUUCCACUCAAAUGAAUUUGCUAGGUCUGUUCUUUUUGAAGCCCUCAUGUUGAACUCCAUUCCCUGCCCUUUUCACUCCAACAGAAAAAUGAGGUCAGUAGACAGUCCAUGGUGCUAGAAACCCACCAUUGCCUAAUGACCUAGACGGCUUUGUAAUCUCUGAACUUGACUAAGACCAUGCCUAGGUUACAGGUAUUAAUUACAAUUCCACGCAAACCUCCACAUUUGUUCACUCAUAAUCUACUAACUGUCUAGAAACUACAAAACCAGGCUAAGAAAAAACAAACAAACACACACCAAUCAUAGCAUUUACUUCUGCUUCUACUGGAUUAUGUGCUACAAAUGUGCUUUGGCUUUAGAAAGGGAUGGAUGAGAAGACAGAUCUGAGAUCAGUCUGGGUAGAAGCAAAACGUUGAACCUUUUAAAACUGCUGAACACAGAUCCAAAUCCCAGUGGUUCAAGCAGCCACGAAUUUGCUCUUCAUGAAGUGGGCUUAAUUCUCUAGUUUAAGUUCUUUUGAUGGAAUGAAUUACUUAAUGUGUCAGGUGGCUUAUUUGUGGAUGCCAUGAUUGAUGAUGUCAUUUUAAGCUCUUACCUAUAGUACAAGUACAUGAUGCUACUGAAUAUUUUUCCACUUGGAAACUGUGAGCUGGUUGUUGCAUUAAAACACACAUACGAACAAGGUCAAAAACACUGCGGACUUUCACUCAAGCUGGUCUUUCUUCCCCAGUGUGAGGCAAUCCUGCCUGUUAAAAUAAAAAGAAACUCCAUCUGUGAGGGCUGGUACAGCUAAGGGGGCUAGGCAGGGCAUUUGUGCCAACUAAGAAUCACCAGACACCCACCAUAAGUACCUAUCGCAGUUUUGAAGUCGUUUCUCCCCGAAAUCCCAACUCCUGAAGGUUGCUGCCUGCAUAUUUACUCUUCAUUAGUGCUAUUUUCCUGUGUCAUUGUGAGCAAGCUGUGAUUAAUAAAGAAUUGGAGUUCUGUGAACUAA